CUCGCUGUGGGCACUGGACAGCUCUUCCUGCACUAAUGAAGGGCUUCAAGCUUGCCUGCACUGCCAGUAACUCGAACCGGAGCACCCCCACUUGCUCUCCUGUCCUGCGAAAACGUUCCCGCUCAUCCACGCCCCAGCCGAGCCCCGAGCUUGAAAGCACCAUGGUGGAGAAGGGCUCAUCAGACCAGAGCUCGGACCGCUCCCCCACCACCCCUGAACAGCUGGCCCAGCAGCAGCAGCAGCAGCAGCAGCCAUCCCAGCAUCAACGAACCUACUCCCAGUCUGUCCAUCCCACCAACACCAACACCCGCAGUGGUGGCAAGAACUCCAAGUCUCACAAGCGGCAUACUAAAAAAAGCCAGAGCUGGUACAAUGUACUGAGUCCCACCUACAAGCAGCGCAAUGAAGACUUCAGGAAGCUCUUCAAGCAGCUGCCAGACACUGAGCGCCUCAUUGUGGAUUACUCCUGUGCCCUGCAGCGAGAUAUCCUCCUACAGGGACGCCUCUACCUCUCGGAGAACUGGAUUUGUUUCUACAGCAACAUCUUCAGAUGGGAAACCCUGCUGAUGGUCAGAUUGAAGGACAUCUGCUCCAUGACCAAGGAGAAGACGGCCCGCCUCAUCCCCAACGCCAUCCAGCUGUGCACUGACAAUGAAAAGCACUUUUUCACCUCGUUUGGGGCGAGGGACCGGACAUACAUGAUGAUGUUCAGACUCUGGCAGAAUGCUCUCCUGGAAAAGCCCUUGUGUCCCAAAGAGCUGUGGCACUUCGUCCACCAGUGUUACGGUAACGAACUGGGCCUUACCAGUGAUGAUGAAGACUACGUCCCUCCUGAUGAUGACUUCAACACUAUGGGGUACUGCGAAGAGCUGCCAGUAGAGGACAACAAUGAGCACAACAACGACUCCAGCAACGCCCUCGCCAAGAGUCCUGAGGCGAAGCCUGAUGCCAGCCCUGUCCUCCCCCACAAGGCCUUCCCCAACAGCACCCUGCCUGAGCUGCCCAGCACGGAGCUAACAGUUCCCUAUGAUUUGCCCCCAGUGGAGGAUAUGUCCACCACGCCGCCUGACGCCGACCUCCUGACCCUCCCAAUGCCCGAUAACCACAGCAGCCAGCUCAGCAGCCACGCCCAUUCACCCUCAAUGGACCUCAACGACAACGACGACCUGCCCACUGAGCUAAGCGACUCAUCUGAGACGCACGAUGAAGGUGAGGUGCAGGCUUUCCAUGAGGACUUGAGUGGCAAGCAAUACAUUAAUGAGAUCUACAAGUUCAGUGUGGACAAGAUGUACGACAUCCUCUUCACCGAGUCUCAGUUCAUGAGCGACUUUCUGGAGCAGAGGAGGUUCUCAGAUGUGGUGUAUCGCCCGUGGAAGAAAGAGCAAGACGGCAACCAGACCAGGGAGAUCAUGUACACCAUCGCCCUCUCUAAUCCUCUGGCUCCCAAGACAGCCACAGUCACUGAGACACAGACUCUGUACAAGGCCAGCCAGGAGAAUGAGUGCUACAUCAUUGAUGCCGAGGUGAUAGCCCACGACGUGCCCUACCACGACUACUUCUACACACUCAACCGCUACAUGCUCACCAGAGUGGCCAAGAACAAGUGUCGCCUGAGGGUAUCAACAGAGCUCCGUUACAGGAAGCAGCCAUGGGGGCUUGUGAAGGGCUUCAUUGAAAGAAACUUCUGGAGUGGCUUGGAUGAGUACUUUAGACACUUAGAGUUGGAGCUGGGCAAGUUGGAGGCAGUGCUGAUGGAGCCCCACAGACAGUCUCCCAAAGGCAAGGCAGUGAGGACGGGCACCGGCCGCAAGAGGAAACGACAACUGGUCCAUCACUUGAGGCCGUCAGGCCACAUGGAUGAGGCCCUGAGCCCUGUGACCACACCUGAGGAUGAGGAGGAGGACAUCCACCACAUCAAACACGUGGCAGGUUCCACACAGACAAGACAUAUCCCUGAUGCCCCAGGAGGCUUAGCUCUCUACAACUUCUCCAAACUGCUGCUCCUCAUCAGCUUUGUGAUCUGUGUAAGCCUGGUACUUCUGGUAUUUCUGAACAUGAUGUUGUUCUACAAGUUGUGGAUGCUGGAGUACACCACACAGAGUCUGACGGCCUGGCAGGAACCACAACCGCAAGGAAGCAAACUUCCCCAGACGCAGCUGGAGUGGGUGCAGCUCUUGGACUCCCAGCAGCGUUACCACGACGAUGAGCUCCAGAAAUGGAAAGAGGUCAUCAAGUCGUCAGUUCUGCUGUUAGAUGAGAUGAAGGACUCACUACUCGCCCUCCAGAAAGGCAUCGGCCUCAGGGACUACAACUCUGAGUCAGAGGAAAAAGGGAAUGAAUAUCGCUAGACAAUAAUCCCAAGGCAAAGACACAUCGUGCAAUACUUAACUUAACAUUACUGAGCCUGGGGAGAUAAUGUAACUUGUGGCCUUUCAAAGGCAGAGCAUGUGGAAGAGGAGAGGAGAAUGUCAAUUUAGUGAGGUAGGGGGUUCAUUCCUCUGCAAGAAAAAGCAACCCCUGACUGAAGUGACCUCAUCUACCUGGAAUACAGUGCACUUACGCACCACAAUGCAUCCUGAGAAACAGAAACUGUGGCAAACAGAGCACAUCUUUGGCUGAAUUGCUGUCUUAUUCCUUCACCCAGCCCGGCUCCACAUCCAUCCUUUUCAGAGAAUGUCACGUUGCAAAGCUCAGUUUUCAAGUUGAAUUUAUUUAUUUUGUUGGACGCGCACAGUGUCAAAUGUCAAAACAAGCUCAAAGCAUGCAAAGCAAUUUAUUCUGGCCUCCUAAUAUUUUGGGGUUUUAUGUUUAGUUUUUUUUUUCUCUCUCAUUCACUUUCAGAGGAGCAAAAAAAAAAAAAAAAAAUACAAACAAGGAACAGAUUUCCUUCUAGGAGCACCUUUGAAGAACAACAUCCCUUUUUACUCAUACCUUUGAAAGUGGAAACAUGCUAAGAGACAAUAAUAAAUCCACAAACAGCUUGCAGUAUUCCAACCCAUCACUUGUGGACCAGAACCACAAGGAAUCAAAAUAUAACAUGAGUGAGUGUGAGAGUGUAUGUGUGAGUGUGUGGGUAAUUAUCUUGUGGUAUUUUUUUUAAAAAACAAAGUAUAUGGCAGUCAGGGCUACUUUUUACCAGGCAUAUUUGGUGAAUCGGGGCUGGUCUCCCUGAGAGCUUAUGCCAUAGUUUUGUGUUUCUAUGUUAUAUGUUUAUGUUUUCUAUGGCAUAAAAUAUUCUAUACAAUCUCUCGAGCAUUGCUCUGCGGUUUUGAUUUCAUGGCAUGCUGACAAAAGGAGAACUUGACCUGCAGCGGUGAGAAUGUAUGGAAAAGCAAGGCAGGCAUGCAUAGUCGACGGUGGCACAGCACCGAGUUUCCUUAAGUGUUACCAAGAGUGAAACAAGAAAUGUUUAGUUCACAGCCAACCAUCAGUGUUGCUCCAGUGUUAUGAGUUCCUCCUCGACUUCUACACCAUUCUGUUGCUGCCAAGAGUCAUGUGUCAAAAACUAAUGUCACAUUUUUAACCUAUUUUGGAUACUUACCUUUAUUUAAGGCACUUUUUGUGUUGUAUCAGUUCAUGUAUGGCUGUCG